CAGAUGAGAGAGGAAAACAUAGAUAGAAGUCAUCAUUGAACUUUCAACGUUGAAAGGAAAUGGAAAAUAAAGAAAGACGCAGACUCGUUUAGAAACAGGAAAACGCUAGCACGCAACCCUUUCUCUCCUAAUUCCUAAAGAAAGCAUAUGUACGUACUCUGCUCUCUCUCUCACUUCUGAAUCGAUUAGUUGAUAACUUGAUAUACUCAUCUGUUCUUUGAUUCAGAUCAUCUACUCCAGUAAUAGCAGAGCUUCUCUUUCUUCGAUCGCCGACUCUUCUCUCUGCAAUUCCAUUUGAUUCGCAACUAGACGGAGGUAUAGAGAGAGAGAGAGACAGAGACAUAUGGGGCAAGCCUUCCGCAAACUCUUCGAUACCUUCUUCGGCAACAGUGAGAUGAGGGUCGUGAUGCUUGGGCUCGAUGCAGCUGGCAAAACUACUAUAUUGUAUAAACUACACAUAGGGGAAGUUCUAUCAACAGUUCCCACCAUUGGUUUCAAUGUGGAAAAGGUGCAGUAUAAGAAUGUCAUUUUCACUGUGUGGGAUGUUGGUGGGCAAGAGAAACUAAGGCCCCUCUGGAGGCAUUACUUUAGCAAUUCCGAUGGACUGAUAUAUGUUGUUGACUCUUUGGAUCGAGAGAGAAUCGGGAAGGCAAAAGAAGAGUUUCAGACCAUCAUCAGAGAUCCUUUUAUGCUUAAUGCAGUUAUCUUGGUUUUCGCUAACAAACAGGACUUGAAAGGAGCAAUGACACCUAUGGAAGUUUGUCAAGGCCUUGGCCUCAAUGAUCUGAGAAAUAGAAAAUGGCAUAUACAAGGGACAUGUGCUCUUAAAGGCGAUGGGCUAUAUGAGGGAUUAGACUGGUUAGCAAGUACACUGAAGGAGCAUAAAGCUACUGGAUUCUCUUGAGUAGGCACUUCUUCUACCUUUGUGAUUAAUCAGGUUUUCUUGACUAUUCAAUUUGGGCGACAAAUGCUGAGGACCCUGCAAUCUCGCAUCCUAUAGGUUAUGAAAGAAGUUCUUGUUCUUGCUGGAGGCUAUACAACAACUCUAAUUCAGUGCAUUAUAUUCAACACCGUAUUCUAGCCUUAGCUUGCAUGUAUCUUUGCAUCUGUUAAGACAAACACUUGUGUGUGUAUAUUUUUGUAUAAAGUGGGCGAUUAGGUGCUCUUAGCUGGCUUCGAGCUCUAUCUUCUGGAUGAACAUUUGAAGUAGUGCUGAGCUGCUAAACAUCCCUUGUUAUUUUGAUUUGUUGAAUGAUAGGUCUUCUCCAAAUUAUAAUUGAUCCAACAUAUUUGCUUGUGGAGUU